ACCAGCAGGCCUUGAAGGCGAUGUGAUAUCACUUCUUUUUUGCGCAAAGACAAGGCGCGGUGCAGUAGCUGCAGUGGUCAGGCUGAUGGGACAACGUCGGGCCUACCCUCCAACGAAGUGCCACACAGAAUCUAAGGCAAGGACAAGGAAGUCCGCCCACCUCUUUGGGUGACUAGUGUGUGAAAUCGACGGGCAAUCCGACUCAUGCAAUGCCCAGCUACCCUCGCCCAUUUGACGUGUGGCCCCGAUUGACAGAUUUGCCACUGGCAACAAGGAGGGCUCCAGCGUCGCAGAGCUCAGAAUUUCGAGGAUGAGAUUAGCCUGAUGAUACAGGCUGAGAUUUGGCAUACACUGUGACCAGCUCAUGCUGUACUAGAGUAUAGCGCAGUGAAUCGAGGGGCUAUCGUUGUACCCUUUGCUCCAACGUAGUGCGAGGGAUAGCUGCGCGGCGCGUCAGGGAGCGAGGAGGAGGGAGGGAGAUUAUAGGAAGGCCUCAACCUCCGCGUCGUGCUAAAUACGGUGAUCCGACUCGUGCUCAUCGAUCUCCGCGUCCUGCUCCGACAAAUUGGCCUCAACCUCCGCGUUGUGAAUGCCGCGCUCGGGUGUUGGGCCCCUGCCACGGCCAGGACAUCCGCGCCUCAUCAGGCAGCCCGGCGCGACGCCUCUGACCAAGAACAAGAUCAAAACACAAGCGAAGACUGCAAUGAAUCCCCAUGGCUCGGUGGUGGCUGUGUUUGACGUGGCCGAACUCGUGCCCGUAUCGGUGGUCGUCGUGGCCGUCUUGGUGGUCGUCGCGGUGGUCGUCUCAGUUUUGUUGUCUCAGUUGUUCUCUCGGUGGUUGUCUUGAUGGUGGUAGUAGUGCUUGACGUCGCGGAGCUCGUGGCCGUCUCGGUGGUGACGAUGGUGCCGUCGAACACGUACGCGGAGCCAGACUGGGCCCCCACAACCACGCGGGCCCCGUCGGAGCUCACGGCCACCGAGUAACCGAAGAAGUCGAAGGCGGCCCCAUCACUCGCCACAAGCUUGAGCAGCCUCUCGCCGGUGGUGCCGUCGAACACGUACGCGGAGCCAGACGUAGUGCCCUGAUCGUCGUCGUCACCGUAGGCCACCACCACCACGCGGGCCCCGUCGGAGCUCACGGCCACAGAGUAAACGAAGAAGUCGAAGGCGGCCCCAUCACUCGCCACAAGCUUGAGCAACCUUUCGCCGGUGGUACCGUCGAGCACGUACGCGGAGCCGGAGGGAGCUGUCGUCGUCACCGUAGGCCCCCACCACCACGCGGGCCCCGUCGGAGCUCACGGCCACCAAGUAACCGACGAAAACGAAGGCGGCCCCAUCACUCGCCACAAGCUUGAGCAGCCUCUCGCCAAUGGUGCCGUCGAACACGUACGCGGAGCCCGCUGCUGAAAAUGCCGUACCCUGGUUGUCAUAGUAGUUGGAGGCCCCCACCACCACGAGGAGAGUUGAGAGGAACGAGAGACGCCCAAGGUGAGCCCUGGGAGGCCGGCGACGCCCCUCGGAACCUUGAGCCAAAAUUGCUUGAGCCAAAAUGGCUACGGAGGGUGUGCUACCUCCCUUCUUGGAACGAUAGGGGGGGACUGGCACAGGGGCAGGAAUCGAAAUGACCCCUGCCCUCAGGGGGCAAGGGGGGGAGCAUCGACCUGGAAACGGCGAGAC